AUGGUUCAUAUUGGAAUUAUUGGUGUAGGAUUAGUAGGGUCUGAAUUAAUUACUCAAUUAUCCGCAUAUAAUAAGUCCUUUAAAGUGAUCGCUUUACUUAAUUCCACAAAACAACUCUUAAGCAACUCACACACACCACUUGAUUUAUCAAACUGGAAAAAUGAUUUAAACACUAAAGGCACCAAAUCAGACCUAACAUCAUUUAUCAAUUAUCUUAGUGAAGCUCCAACUCCAUCCAUAGUAAUUGAUAAUACAUCAUCACAGGAAAUAGCGAAUUCCUAUCCCCUUUUCAUAGAAAAAGGUUUACAUAUCGUUACACCAAAUAAAAAAGCUUUUAGCGGGGAUUUAAAAUUGUAUAAAGAGAUCAUAGAAAAGUCUAGGGAAAAAAAAAGUUUGGUAUACCAUGAAAGUACCGUAGGGGCCGGUUUACCUGUAUUAAGCACUUUGACGGAUUUAAUAAGGACCGGUGAUAAAGUAAUUAAAAUUGAAGGGAUCUUUUCGGGUACUUUAAGUUAUAUUUUCAAUGAAUUCUCCAAGUUUGAUGGUGAAAAAAAGAAAUUUUCGGAAAUUGUGAAGAUUGCCAAAGAAAAUGGUUAUACCGAACCAGAUCCGCGCGAUGACUUGAACGGAUUAGACGUUGCUCGUAAGGUUGUCAUUUUAGGUAGAUUAGCAGGAAAAGAUUUAUCCUUAAAAACGUUACCCGUUGAAAAUGUAGUUCCUGAGCCAUUGCGCACCUUAUCAAGUGCCACAGAAUUCAUGUCAUCAUUACCACAAUUUGAUGAACACUUUGAAAAAUUGAAUGCUACUGCAAAUAAUAAUCAACAAGUAUUAAGAUACGUUGGUGUUAUUGAUCCCAUUGGUGAUAAAAGUGAAGUCAAAUUGGUCAGUUUGCCAUCUUCACAUCCUUUUGCUUCACUUAAAGGUAGUGAUAAUAUUAUUGCUUUUACUACUCAAAGAUUUCCUAAUCCUUUGAUUAUUCAAGGAGCUGGUGCCGGAGCUGCUGUAACUGCAUUUGGCAUUUUCUCUGAUUUAUUUAAAAUUUCCGAUAGAUAUUUUAAGUAA